AUGGCCUGGAAGCCCCUUGAACUUUCGCCCUCUGCCAGUGCUUACCUACCGCCAUUCCUCCUCUCGGCGGCCUUCGAUCAGGGCGCCCGCUCGUACACAAUUCAUCUGACCGACUUAACGCACAUCUGGAGCGAAUCACUGUCCCGCAGUGAUAUUGUCCGCAGAAGCCAGGAGGAGGGCACGAGCAUAGACCCGAGCGAUGACGACCAAUUACACAUACUUUUGGAGAAGAUUAAGCUCGGGCUCGAACGAGGCAAUGACACAACGUCUGCCCUGACGAUCAAUCUCGACGAUGAUCGGCCGGUUAUUACCCUCAAUCUCACAGUCCAGUUGCCUGGCGGCCUUGCACCGCUCGAAUGGCCCGUUCAACUUUCGCCAGCCCCUCAGUCACUGCUCACAGGUCAGUUGACCCUACCUCUAUUGGGGGCACAACAGGCUAGGAUGCAGGAGCUGGCGAGCAUAGCGGAUUUGCUGAAGGAGAAGGAUCACGCUAUACAGAAGUUGCUCGACAAGUUGGAAUCACAGGGGACCGAUCUUGCCCAGGUGUUUCCUCAGGCGGCUGGGAAGCACGGCCGCAAGCUGGAUCGAAGGGGUGCAGAGGAAAGAGUGAAAGGCCUUAAACCAUUUAGUUUACAGGCAUGGAGACAAGCCUUAGACACCAAUAAAUCACAUGAUCCAGGACAACUGAUAUCACAUGUGUUCGCAGCUGACGGUGCUGAUGCAUUGAGAAUUGAGGCCGGCGAGGAUCAAGGUAGUUCAGCGGAGGGGUGGUGGGACAAUAUCAAGGGAAUAACAGUAAAUCUUGAGAGUGGGAAGGUUACAACGAACUUUUCAAGGCCAAAGCCACGUAAAGUCACGCCACCUCCUAAGCAAAAGCUACCAGCACCUUCAAGGGCGGAACAAUCGUUGAAGAGGGCUCCCAAGGACCAAGACGGCAAUGCCUCGCAAGAAGUCGGCGACUUUCAAGUCCAAUCCACGCCUCCGCAUCUCAGAUCCAAAGAAAAAUCUCCCUUCCCAAAACCUACCAUCAACGAAUCCACGGAUUCCGAAAACGAUGAUCUGGACGCCCCUUCACAACGCUCCAAAAUUCCCGAUAGCGUUCCGGCAUCACAACCACCGCCUCGGCCAGCACCUCCAACUCCUUCAUCUAGGAAACCCAAAAGAUUAGGGGCGGUUGGGGGAAAGAAAUCGGCCCCAAAACCAGCUGUGGAUGAAGAUAUUACCACCGAAGAUGACUCUUCCCUGCCUCAAAAGACCCCUUCGAGGUUCGAUACAACUGGCGACAAGAAAGCUAAAUCUAAACCGUUACCUAGAGUUGAGGAAGGUACCAACACAGAAGAUGAAGCCUCCCCGCCUCGACACCUUUCUAAGAAAUCCGCAGCAAACAAAGGGAGGAAAGCCCCCCCUAAGUCUUCACAGGCACCUGCUGUUGAUCAUGAUGCAAGCACGGAAGACGACAUUUCCUCCCCUCGGAAUUCCAGUCCCGACCACCAGACCCCCUCCGCAGAGAUUUCACCUAAACCCGCGAAAGGCGUACUUGGGAAAAUAGGUGGGAAGAAGCGCCCUCCUCACCAAGUCGGCUCAUCACCCCCUCUAUCUUCAGGAGAAAAGCCGACACCCACGCCAGUGACGCCAACAAAGCCGAAGAGAGGCAAGCUAGGUCAGAUAGGCGGGAAGAAGAAAUCAAAGGUGGAGGAAGAUAUCUCAAUAGGUGCUGCUGUUACAGAAGCGGAUGAAUCUACACAUGAAAAAACACCGCGCAAGGCCAAACUAGGCGUUAUUGGAAAACUGAGGGAGCCUAAAGCAUCCACGCCUAUACAGCACGAUGCUUCUGACGAGGAAGUAGCGGUAAGAGGGAGAAGGCAAGUCAAAGAAGAACGGCCAACAACGCCAGAGCCGCGGGAGACGAGUAUAGAGAGAGCAGAUAAAAAGAGAGCGCAGCUUAAGAGGGAACUAGAGGAGAAGGCCAAGGCACCACCUGCGAGGAAGAAGAGGAAAUUUUGA